UUGGAUCAGGUCUGACUCCACCCCAUCCUGAGGGCCAGCUCAUAGUCCUAACCGGAAAGUUAAAACCUGUUUACUUACAAAUUCAAACUCAUGGCCAAUAAACGUCAAGCACACUUGACGGGUAGUGAUUAGUCAACCAAUACCGUGCCGCCGUAUGGGCUUUCGUGAACUGCAGAAAACAGUUAAGGCUUGAUUAAUUUACUAAGCAGACAUUUUCUAUGAUACAGGAAUUAAACUUCCGAGUAUGGCUAUGUCGCAGUGUCUAGAGGAUUCACCGGGUUGGAGAAGGUCAGAGGUGCGACAGGAUUCAAGCAUAAAAGAUUUAUAUAAUGAAAGGCACCGACUUGCCCUGGAAACGCUGGUUUCCGAAGGAAUUGACUCCUUUAAAGACUUUCUAAACAAGGAGAGAAUACCGAAUUUUCUAUCCGAUGACGAGAUCAGACGAAUCUCCUGUGCUGCGGUUGUACCGAGAUGCGUUUCCUUCACUGGGGAUGAUUCACAUUUAGACCAAUCCAGCACCUUGGACUGUUCGUCUGUCACGUAUUUCCCGGAGAUUUCCGACCUAGAGCCCCCAGUUUUAGAAAUGGGUUGGCCCGCUUUCACUACGGGAUCGUUUCGUGGAGUCACGCGUGCUGUAGCAUACUUCCAGCCAAGUUAUGGCGAAAGCAUUUACAGCUGCAAAGAAGCAGUAAGAAGGAUGAUAAAAAAUGCAAAGGAGGUGAUUGCCAUAGUAACAGAUUCACUGACAGACUUGGACAUUUUCCGUGACCUGCAGGAGGCAUGCACCCAAAGUCGUGUCCCUGUGUACAUCCUACUAGACCAGACAUCUCUCCCAGCAUUCUUGCAGAUGUGCAAAAACCUUAAUGUGCGACUUGAUGACCUCCAGCAUAUGAGAGUGCGGACCCUAACAGGUUCAACUUACUACAUGCGAUCUGGUGCUCGUAUUACUGGGAAGGUUCAUCAACGAUUUAUGUUAAUUGAUGGGAACAGAGUGGCCACAGGCUCCUACAGGUUCAACUGGACUGAUGGUAAACUCAACAGUAGCAAUCUGAUUGAGCUAUCUGGCCAAAUCACAGAGAACUUUGAUGAAGAGUUCCGCAUCCUCUAUGCUCAGUCUCUCCCUCUCAACACAAGAGUUGCCUCUAGUGUUCAAAACAGUAGCAUCUAUGACGACUUGCUAAUCAAGCACCCAGGAACUUCUACUUCCACAGCAGCAGUCUGUAAACCAAUGUGGCUGACCAGCACACCCAACAGAGCUCACACCAAACAAGCUGGGAAAAAAAGGGAGAUUGACAGCAUUCCAGUAUCUGGCACCUUAACUCUUGAAGGGAAACAUAUGGAGCAAGAUUGUGAACGUGAUCUGACUGCUGCUGAAGAGAAUCCUCUGAAUGCUGAAAACUUUAAUGUGACUGCUAGCACUCUAAACAUGGGCACUAUGACACAUCCAGCUGUCGUGUUCCGCCACACCUCCACACAGACCAGCUGCCUGAAUUUAGAUGGCACAAUGCAGAUAAAAGCAAUCACCACCCCUCAAGAUUCUUGUGCCAUACCACUAAGCUCUGCCUGCAGUGAUAAGAAAAGCAGCCCCAGCCAUUCAUCUGCCUCAACAACCACCACACCCAAAGGUUGUUCUACUCAAGCAGGGGUGCAUCACUGCCCAUACAUCCACCACAGUAUUGCCCCUACAGGCAGCAACCUGAAGGAUUGUAUCUGCAAGCUGACCAAAGAACGCUAUUAUCAUUUCUCCAUCAUUCGUUCCAAGCUGGACCACAUGAUGAUGUUGCUAUCACACAGAAGGGAGCAGGUGGCUCUUGCUGGUCAGCACAAGGGCUACAAGAGUCAAGCAGAAGGCAGAAAGCUCCAUGGGGUAAAGGACAGUGUGUUGGUUGGGAUGUGGCCAAGGUCAAGAUGUCUGCAGUGAAGGGAGGAUUCUUGACAUUGGGAAUGUUUGGCUUUACAAAUUUUUGUCAUUCUGGAUAGAACUCUUUUUAGUAAAGAAUACAUUUUAAUAACUUUAUAGGGGGUUGGACAAGCUAAAGCACAUUUUAUGAACAUGAGUAAAAAGAAUAUAGUAUGGUUACAUGCUCUACUUUUUGAUGUUGUGUUUUUUAGUGAGGGAAGGUAAUGUUUAAAUAUCCUAAUACUAAUACACCUUGUAUAAUUAAAGACUUUCUUCUUCAUCAAAAUGAAUGAUGUAUGUAUAAUGAAUGAAUUAUGCUUAAUAUUAGAUUUUGACAAAUAAUGACACUUACUGACAUGCUGUUGAUUUUGACAGUGGUAUGGGAAGUUAUUAAUAUUAUAAGUUUUUUUUUUUUUGUAGUUUUGGGUAAAUGGGUAAUUUACUGAAAUUGUAAAGGGUUAGUAGUAUUUUGUACAUUCCCGUUUUCACUGCUAAAUUACACAAGGUACUUGGAUGUUUUUUUGUAACCUAGUUUUUCUUGAAAACAUUCUGUCCUUUUUACUUCAGACAUCAUGCUGUUCCAAGCUAUUGCCUAGUUUGACCACCUAUUGUAAUGUACAGUGACUGACCAAUUUAUUAGGAACCCCUUAGUGACUUUGACCAGGGCCAGGUUGUUUGGUGCCAAACAGACUACUUUGAGUAUUUCAGAACAGCUGAUAUGACAAAAAAAAAUCUCCCAGUGAGCAGUAGUGAGUGGAAACACCUUGUUAAUGAUGGUGAGAGGAGAAUGGACAGACUGGUUCAAGCUGACAGGCAGACUACAGUAAUUCAAAUAUCAACUCUUUACUGGAUCUAAUUGCUAUCCACUUUUAGAGUGGGUUCCCUGAUAAUUUGGUGGGUGAAUGUAUCUCAGAGAAAAGCACAAGCUACUUUUAACCAUAAUAAAACAAAUGUUGUGAAAGUGAUACAUUAUUUCCAUUUGUUUAAGGAUGUAGGUAGCUAAUGCCAGCUAAAUUUCACAGUUUUGCUAUUGACUUUAUGACCUUAGCUAACAGCAGCUUGGUAAGGUUAGCCAGUCACUCCUUUUUAAACAUACUCCACCAAUAGAAAGAGUGGAUCAUAAAAGAGCACACUCCUCUAUUCAGAUGGGCAACUUAAUUGCAGGUGUCAGAGCUCGAUGAAAAUUAUAGAGAGCAGCAAUUUUUUUCCUCAGUACAAUAGGUUGUGUUGAGAGUAAAUGUUGACUACUGUUUAGCAAUUGUUAGAUUUUGUCUUCUUUUCAUUCUUAAAAAAGAUGCAAGCAGGGUAUAGGAAUAUUUUAGUAAAGCUUCAUUCUCAUUAAUUCA